CGUGGUGAAUCUGUGCUUGUGUGUUUCAGGCUUCCCAUCUGCAGCAGCGAUAAAGAAAACGCCCGUCAUUCCUCAUCCCUCCGCCUCCGCAGCCAAUCAGAGGCCUCCUCCGCCACCGCAAACCCCGCCCACAGCAAAUUUGACUAUGUUGAGCUGUCACCUGUAGCCACGCCCUCUACUCCUGCCUCCGCCAAUCAGAGAGAGUCGGGGGAGGGGCAGGUGAGAGAGCACAGCCAAUGGCAGGAGGAGCGGCCGUGUGACGACGCCCACAACCAGUGGGAGGCGGUGCUGUCACGGAAGGGGGCGGGGCAGCUGUCCGAACAGAGACGGAUAGAGGAGGAGAUUGAGAGGAAGUGGGCGGAGUUUGAGCGGCUGCCACUCAAAGAGACGAGGUCACUCCCGCUGAUGGGCUCGUCAGCCAAUCAGGCGCUGGAGAGGGAGGUGGUGUGUCUGAGGCAGCAGCAGCGGGGGGCUCUGCGGGGGGCAUGCUGCGGGGAGGUGCUGCAGAAGAUGGAGCGUGUGCACAGGGUGGCGCUGGAGGAGCUGGAGAAGCAGCACACGCAGCAGAUCAGAGCGCUGGAGCGGGACAGAGACGCACUGCUGCAGGAGGAUAGCGACACCACUGCACGAGUGAUGGAGGCGUUACAGAAAGCACACAGAGAAGAGCUGGAGAAAACCACACAACUCGGAGAUGCUCAUGGGAAGGAUUCUCACAUGCUCGACAAACCGCAACAGGUGGAGCUGGCGUCUCUGCGGCGUGAGCUGGCGUCUCUGUCGGAGCGAUACUCUCAGAAGUGUGUGGAGCUGAACCGAGCGCAGCAGCACAGCCUGGACACGGACCGAUUGAUGAGCCAGAAAGACAUGCAGAUGGAGCAGCUGAAGAGAGACAACCAGGAUCUGCAGGCGCGUCUGUCGGAGGAGGUGAAGGUCAUUCGGUCUCUGGUCACAGGUCAAGGGUCAGACGGACUGACUGACAGCAGCACUGAGAGGUCGUGGUGUGAGACACAGGUGCUGCUGCGUGUGCGAGAGAAUGAACUGCAGUACUUACACAAACAGCUCAACAGCCUCCGCAACCAGCUGUACUUCCUCACCACGGAGAAGAGCAGCGUGUGCGAGCGCUACCGUGAGGUGUGUGAGGAGCUGAGCGUGAUGAAGAGGCGCAGCGAACGCGAGGCCGAGGCGCUGAGAGAACACCUGAGACUGGCACUGAGCGCGCUGCACGAGGGACAGCAGACCGACAACACACAUGCACACACCUCCUGAGGGGAGGAGCCUCAGUCACGUGCCUUCAGUUCAGUCCAAUCAGCUGCAGGGAUUCCGACCGGCCAAUCAGCUGCAGGACACUGGAACAAACGCUUCUGCACUUUCUCAUGUCUGUAUGUGUGUGUUCGACUCCUGGAAACAAAACUGGAAUGUCUCACUGUCGCUAGCACAGUGUGGAAGAACUGGACACACGCACAUACGUAUGUGAACGAUCAGAGUCUCAGUGCGUUUAUCUGCCAAACUAACAUCUGAUUAUGUGCCUCCAGUACCAGUGUGUGUGUGUGUCCUUUGUGCCACAAAAACAAAAAGAGCUUUGCUUUAAUGAGCCAAUGUUUUUUUAAAAGAUGUUGUCAUAUUUAAUUUUAGAGUUUAACGCAUAUGUAAACAUAUAACACUAUGACUAAUAAAACUUGGGUUAU